GGGAGAAGGAGGAGAGAAAAAUGAAAGAAAUAGAAAGAAAAAAGUUAGCUGAGUAUGAUGGUCAUCCCAGCACUUGGGAAGGUGAAGCAGGAUUGCUGUUAAGUUUGAGAUCAGACAGAGUUACAAAGUAGAUCAGUGCCACCUGGCCUCUGCCCCUGUCCACUGGGUGCCAGACUGCAACCUGCCCUUCAGCUUUGGCUCAGCCUGGAUCUCAGGUCUCCUGCAGCCUGAAACCAGACGGUGCUUGCUCCCAUCAGGCACCCUGAAUCAGUCCUGCACACCAUUUCUGGAUCUGUCCAGAAUCUGGGCAGAUAGCGUCCCUGCCCAGGCCAGUGACCUUCGCCUGAGCCUGGGUUAAUAUUUGCGCAGUCCAAAGGCAGCAGGGCUCCACCCCCUGAGAGAUAUAAGCUGGCCCGGGGCUGCUCUGCUUGCCACCUGGCCUGAGCCACUCCAAGCUCCCAGCCCACCAGCAACAUGGCCAAGGGCUUCUACAUUUCCAAGACUCUGGGCAUCCUGGCCAUUCUGCUGGGUGUGGCAGCUGUGAGCACCAUCAUUGCCCUGUCGGUGGUGUAUGCCCAGGAGAAGAACAGGAAUGCAGAGAACUCUGCCACAGCCCCCACGGUCCCUGGCACAUCAGCCACCACUUCAACCAUCGCAACUACCACUGUAGAUGAAGACAAACCUUGGAACCAGUACCGUCUGCCUAGGUCCCUGAUACCUGACUCCUACAAAGUGACCCUGAGACCCUUCCUCACUCCCAACGAUCAGGGCCUGUACAUCUUCACAGGCUCCAGCACCGUCCGUUUCACCUGUAACCAGACCACAGAUGUCAUCAUCAUCCACAGCAAAAAGCUCAACUAUACUGAGAAGCAGGGCCACAGGGUGGUGUUGCGGGCCCUGGAUGGCUCUCAGGCACCCAGCAUCCUCAAAACCGAGCUGGUAGAGCGCACCGAGUACCUGGUAGUGCACCUGCAGAGCUUUCUGGUGGAGGGUGCGCAGUACGAAAUGGACAGUGAGUUCCAGGGGGAGCUGGCUGAUGACCUGGCUGGCUUUUACCGCAGCGAGUAUAUGGAGGGCGACGUUAAGAAAGUGGUGGCCACAACGCAGAUGCAGGCUGCAGAUGCCCGGAAAUCCUUCCCCUGCUUUGAUGAGCCUGCUAUGAAGGCCACGUUCAAUAUCACACUCAUCCACCUUAAGGACUACGUAGCCCUGUCUAACAUGCCUCCCAGUGAUUUCAGCAGCAACUUUCCAGAAGAUUCUGACUGGCGUGUCACUGAAUUCCGACCCACACCCAAGAUGUCCACGUACCUGCUAGCCUACAUUGUGAGCGAGUUCAAGAGUCUGGAAUCGAUGUCACCCAAUAAUGUCCAGAUCCGGAUUUGGGCUCGGCCCAGUGCCAUUGACAAAGGCCAUGGUCUUUAUGCCCUGAAUGUGACAGGCCCCAUCCUAAGCUUCUUUGCCGAUCAUUAUGCUACACCCUACCCUCUGGAAAAGUCUGACCAGAUUGCCCUGCCUGAUUUCAAUGCUGGUGCCAUGGAGAACUGGGGGUUGGUGACCUAUCGUGAGAAUGCCCUGCUCUUUGACCCUGUCUCCUCCUCCAUUGGCAACAAGGAGCGAGUGGUCACUGUGGUUGCUCAUGAGCUGGCCCACCAGUGGUUUGGUAACCUGGUGACAUUGGAGUGGUGGAAUGACCUGUGGCUGAACGAAGGCUUUGCUUCCUAUGUGGAAUACCUGGGUGCCGACCAUGCGGAGCCCAACUGGAAUCUGAAAGACCUCAUAGUGCUGAAUGAUGUGUAUCGUGUGAUGGCCGUGGAUGCGCUCGCCUCCUCUCACCCUCUGUCCAGCCCUGCCAACGAGGUCAACACGCCGGCCCAGAUCAGUGAGCUGUUUGAUACCAUCACCUACAGCAAGGGAGCCUCGGUUAUUAGGAUGCUGUCUAGUUUCCUGACAGAGGACGUGUUCAAGCAGGGCCUUGCAUCUUAUCUCCAUGCUUUUGAAUACUCGAACACCAUCUACCUGGACCUGUGGGAGCACCUGCAGAAGGCUGUGGACAACAAUGCUUUCAAGCUCCCAGCCCCUGUACGCACCAUCAUGGACCGCUGGAUCCUACAGAUGGGCUUUCCUGUCAUCACCGUGAAUACUGCCACUGGAGACAUUUCCCAGGAGCACUUCCUCCUCGACAAGGAGUCCAUUGUCACCCGCCCCUCAGAGUUUAACUACCUCUGGAUCGUGCCCAUCUCGUCUAUCAAAAAUGGAGAGCAACAAGAUAACUACUGGCUGAAUGGCUCCCAGAAAAGCCAGAGCGACCUAUUCAAAGCUUCUCCCAAUGAGUGGGUCCUGCUGAACAUUAAUGUGACCGGCUACUACCAGGUGAACUAUGAUAAUGAAAACUGGAAGAAGAUUCAGAAUCAGCUGCAGACAAACCGGUCGGUCAUCCCUGUCAUCAACCGGGCACAGAUUAUUUAUGACUCUUUCAAUCUGGCCAGUGCCCAAAGGAUUCCUGUCACCCUGGCGCUGAACAACACCCUCUUCCUGUCUGGAGAAACAGAGUACAUGCCCUGGGAGGCUGCCUUGAGCAGUCUGAACUACUUCAAGCUCAUGUUUGACCGUUCCGAGGUCUAUGGCCCCAUGAGGAAAUACCUGAGGAAGCAAGUCAUACCUCUCUUCUCUCACUUCCAAAGCCUCACGGGCAAUUGGACUAACCGCCCAGAAACACUGACCGAACAGUACAAUGAAGUUAACGCCAUCAGCACCGCCUGUUCCAGUGGCAUCCAAGAAUGUAAAGACCUGGCAUCUAGGCUCUUUAGAGAGUGGAUGGCUAACCCCAGUACUAACCCGAUCCACCCUAACCUGCGGUCCACUGUCUACUGCAAUGCCAUCGCCCAGGGUGGCGAAGAUGAGUGGGAAUUUGCCUGGGAACAGUUCCGGAAUGCCACUCUGGUGAAUGAGGCAGAUAAACUUCUGUCAGCCCUGGCCUGCAGCAACCAAGUGUGGAUUUUGAACAGGUACCUGAGUUACACCCUGAACUCUGAGUACAUCCGGAGGCAGGACGCCACCUCCACCAUUGUCAGCAUUGCCAGCAAUGUGGUGGGACAAUCUCUGGUCUGGGACUUUGUCCGGAGCAACUGGAAGAGGCUCUUUGAGGAUUUCGGUGGAGGCUCCUUCUCCUUCUCCAACCUCAUUCAGGGAGUGACCCGGCGCUUCUCCACAGAGUUUGAGCUGCAACAGCUGGAGCAGUUCAAGGCGGACAACAUGGAGAUAGGCUUUGGCUCUGGCACCCGGGCUCUGGAGCAGGCCCUGGAGAAGACGAAAGCCAACAUCAAGUGGGUGAAGGAGAACAAGGAGGAGGUGCUCCGGUGGUUCGAACAAAACAGCCAGUAGUCCCUGGUCCUGCAAGUAACCUGGCCCUAUGUCACACCCACGACUAUGUAUUUCAGCAGCCUGUGCAGGGCCUCCAUCUUCAGAACCUCAGACACCAGCAUCCUAUCCUCAAGGAUAGUAUCUGACCUACGGUGCCAGUCUAGUUUCAAAUGGCCAGGCUACCCAGGCACCUCCCAGCCCUUGCCCCUCAUGACAAACCUACCCCAGGCCCAGCAAAGCAUUUUUGUAGCCCAGGGCUCUGGGGCUGAUCUCAGGGAAGCCCAGCUCUGGGGCCAGAUAAACAAAAGUCCUUGAUGGACAAAGGGUGGCUUGGAGGGAGUCGCCCUGCACACUUCACUCUCCCCACCAGACCCAGAACCCAAGGAAUGAACAGGGCACCAGAUCUAUAUUUUUUUUUUCUAAGAGAAAAUGUAAAUAAAGUAUUUCUAAAAUGA